AUGGCAAAGGCAGCUCUUGUCCCGUCGCUUUUCCCAUCGCCGAGACACAGACCGAGACAAAGAGACGCGACCACGCCGUUUCCACAUGUUGAGUUGCCGGCGGCCUGGCGAGUGAGGAAGAGGAAAGCAGAGGAUGUAGCUGUCUCUGUCGCCUUCAAUCCUUCCGGCAAUUUCGAUAUCUCUGCCUUUGGCUCUGAGGACGAUUCAGACAAAGUGGAACCUCCGAUGCCUCCGACGAGCGGUAGGUACGAGGUAGUGAUCGACAACGACUCUAUUGGGCGGCUUGACUUAUCUCCCUUUCAGACAGCCACCGGCAUAACCUCACCGUCCUCAGAAGGUGAAGCAAGGAGGUACCUGGAACGAAGCAUAGGAUUCACGAUCAAUUACCAGAGAGAGGACCCAAGGGAUCCGCGGGAGCUGUCGGAGUAUCCGGAGAUAAGGCUGUGGUUCGUGAGGCUGGACGCAGAGUACCCAUGGCUUCCGGUGGUGCUGGACUGGAGAGCCGGAGAGCUCGCUCGCUAUGCGGCCAUGUUGGUGCCUCACCAGAUGAGCCUGAGGAUGGGUGUGGUUUUCAACCCCGAGGCGUUAGAGCUGUUCGUCAUGACCAAAGUGUUUGUGGUUUAUCCGUGGCUCAAACGACACGGUGUCCCUAGGCCCAGGCUGAAGACGACCGACAUGGCCAGGAUGCUCGGCUUCGGUAUCGGCGACCAACUCUUUGACCUCAUCGAUCAACAACAAUGA